CAAAUCAAAUAUUACAGCCGCUUGGAAGAUCACAUCUUCAUCGUUAUUGUGCUCGCUCUUAUCUAGUCGUCCUCCUUGUCGCGUCUGAAGAUGGCGACCACCCAAAAACCGGGCUUCAACCCCUCGGCCGACAUCCCGUCGCUCGCUGGCAAGGUCAUCCUCAUCACGGGCGCCAAUAGCGGGCUGGGAAAGCAGUCCUCACUCGAGCUGGCUAAGCACGGCCCGGCCCAGCUCUGGAUGGCCGCCCGCAGCCCGGAGAAGGGCGUCGAGGCCGUCGCCGAUGUCAAGAACAAGGUGCCCGGCGCGGCCGUCGCCUUCCUGGAGCUUGACCUCAGCUCGUUUGACUCGAUCAAGUGCGCUGCCAAAACCGUUCUCGACUCCACACAGCGCCUCGACAUCUUGAUGUUAAAUGCCGGACUCAUGGGCUGUCCACCCAAGCUCACGGCUGAGGGCUACGAGAUCCAGAUGGGCACCAACCACAUGGGCCACGCGCUGCUGCUGGAGCUGCUGCUGCCGCUGCUGGAGCGCACCAGCGGCGCGCGCGUCGUCAGCAUGGCGUCGUCGGCGUGGAAGCAUGCGGGGCCCGAGAAGAUCCAGUUCGACACGCUCAAAUCCCUCGACCGCCGCGUCGGCCCCGUCCAGCGGUACAUCCAGAGCAAGGUCGCCAACACGCUGUACGCGACCGAGUUCGCCGCGCACCACCCGGGCCUGCUGAUCGUGUCCAUCAACCCCGGCGAGGUCGACACGAACCUGUUCACGCGCGAGCCCGGCGACGAGGUCAUGCGGAGCCUGCAGACCGACGUCGUGCCCAAGGUCGUCAGGCCCGUCGAGGAGGGCGUGCUGAACCAACUGUGGGCCGCCACGGCGCCAAGCGAGAAGCUCGUCAGUGGCUUGCACUAUGAGCCCGUCGGCGUGCAUCACAAGCCUGAAGGCCUAAGGCUGGACACGGAGCUGGCGGCGAAGCUGUGGGAGUGGACGGAGAAGGAGCUUGAGGGUCAGAGAAUCUGAGUAAGUAUUUGCCUAUCUAGUUGUGAGUGCGUGGGAAGCCGUGUCUCCUUCGCCUAGACUUGAGAAACUUGAAAAUUAUGCUCGCCUCGAGGUAUUUAGUGUAGUUAAAUACUUUAUGUAGUCAAUCAGCAAGGGUAUGUUACGCGAGCACUGAUAGACAUCUGCAGACAGCCCAAGAUUAUCAUAUGCGG